AUGAGUGACCAAAUCGACCUCACUGAAUUUCUAUUUCGUCGACUCCAUCAAAUUGGAGUGCGAUCGAUCCAUGGCGUCCCAGGCGACUAUAAUUUGACGGCGUUGGAUUAUGUCGAGCCAGCUGGGCUACACUGGGUUGGAAAUGCAAACGAGCUGAAUGCUGGUUAUGCCGCGGAUGGCUAUGCUCGAAUUCGAGGCGUGUCUGUUCUGGUCACGACUGGAGGUGUUGGUGAACUGUCUGCCAUUAAUGCUAUCGCAGGUGCGUAUGCUGAGAUGGCCCCAGUCGUUCACAUCGUUGGCACUCCACCAACUCAAGCCCAAAAUGGUGGUGUGAAUCUGCACCACACACUUGGAGAUGGAAACUUCCGUCACUUUGCAGAGAUGGCAUCCAAAGUUACGGUGGCUCAGACGAAUCUCAUCGACGCUGCGACGGCAACUGCUUCCAUUGAUAGCUGUCUUCAGGCUUGUGUCUCGAACAGUAGGCCGGUUUACAUCGAGUUGCCCACCGAUAUGGUCACCGCCAAGGUUCCUGCCUCCGCUCUCGAUAAACCUCUUGAUCUCUCGAUCCCUUUUACAGAUGAGGGCUUCGAAGACACAGAGGUGGAUCUGAUUCUCGAAAAGAUUUAUUCAGCUAAGCAGCCUUUCAUCAUUGUUGAUGGAUUUACGAAUCGAUAUGGCAUCACCGAAGAGGCGGACGAGCUAGUCCGGGUCACUGGUUUCCCAACGUCGACAACGCCGUUUGGGAAGGGAAUUAUCAAUGAGACAUACCCAAAUUUCCAUGGAAUAUACGCUGGCUUAGCAGGGAAUCAAAUCUACAACCCUUGGGCAUAUGGGACUGAUUUGGUGCUCCGACUUGGGCCUUUGAACAGCGAUGUGAACACAUAUGGCUUCAGCACGAUUCCUGACAGACACAAGGCCAUCACGUUCGAUCGUGACUUUGUGGAAGUGACCGGGACAAAGUAUACCAAUGUGCAUAUCAAAUCACUACUUCGCCGAAUUCUCGACCGACUCGACAAGAACAAACUUCCUAGACAGGAGCCCUAUCCGGAUCUGGGGAUACCAUCUGAAGAACUAAAAGCUCUCCCAGCCACACAGCCCCAAGAUGUUAUUGAUCAGCUGACAUUCUGGCGUCGCAUCUCGACGUUUUUCCGCACCGGAGACAUCAUCCUUACAGAGACGGGCACUCCAUCACUCGGCGGGCGUGACUUUGUUCUGCCUCCUCACACUCAACUCAUCAACUCCUCAAUCUGGUUGUCGAUAGGAUACAUGCUUGGUGCGGCGCAAGGAGCAGCACUAGCUCAACGGGAACUUUUGGCAGAGGGUAAACAGAGUCAAGGGCGUACUAUCCUGUUCGAGGGAGACGGAAGUUUGCAGAUGACAGCACAAGCUUUGAGUGAUAUCAUCCGCAACCGACUGGACAUUACGAUAUUUGUUCUGAACAACGACGGAUAUACUAUUGAGCGAUGGAUCCAUGGCAUGAAGGCCGGGUAUAAUGAUGUCCAGCCAUGGAGGUACCUCGAGGCGCCUAACUACUUCGGCGCGCCUAAAGACGACCCUGCAUAUCCGGUGUUGACCAAGAGAGCUGAGAACUGGGGUCAGCUUCAUGAGAUCCUGGCAGAUCAACAACUACAAGAAGGCAAAGGUCUCAACAUUGUCGAAGUAAUGAUGACGAAAGAAGACGCCCCGGACGUGCUGAAGAAGUUGGUCCAAGCUGUCACGAAGAGGAAUGCCGGUGCAGACAAGCAAGCCGUGGUGGAUGAUAAAGCGCAGACGGCUUCUGGUUAG